CAGAACGGUUUUUUUUUUCACCCGUCCGAAAUCCAAAAGCAAUCCCAAGUUGCACGCCUCUCUCAUCUUCGACUCUCAUAUUAAGGAACGGGGAUAGCAGAAGACCCAAGAAACCAAGAAAGACGGAGAAAGAAAGACUUGCUCUUCUUGAGAAUAUUUUCUCUGGUAUUCAACACUCCACUACAUAUGUGGCAUACAAAAUCUCACCGCAAGCAUGGGCAACAAGUUACUUUUCCUUCUGGGAAUUCCAAGGAAUAUAGGCAAACAGCAAACUUUAUCCCUGACAAUUUCAGCUCACUUGACCAGGUUAUUUCUGCAUUGAGAGAAGCUGGACUUGAGUCCUCAAAUUUAAUUCUAGGUAUUGACUUCACAAAAAGCAACGAAUGGACAGGUAAGUAUUCUUUUAGUAGAAGAUCUCUUCAUGCUAUUGGUGAUACACCUAAUCCCUAUGAGCAAGCCAUUUCAAUAAUUGGGCGUACAUUGUCUCCAUUUGAUGAGGACAAUUUGAUACCAUGUUUUGGUUUUGGUGAUGCUUCGACACAUGACCACUCUGUCUUCAGCUUUUACCCUGAUUGCCAUCCUUGUAAUGGUUUUGAGGAGGCUCUUGCACGAUACAGAGAGAUUGCUCCUUACCUAAACUUGUCAGGCCCAACCUCAUUUGCUCCAGUUAUCCGUGCAGCUAUUCAGGUUGUUGAAAAAAAUAACUGGCAGUACCAUGUGCUUGUCAUUAUUGCUGAUGGGCAGGUUACCAGGAAUUCAAACGUACCACAUGGCAAAUCAAGUCCACAAGAACAUGCAACCAUAGAAGCAAUAGUUGAUGCCAGCUAUUAUCCCCUUUCAAUCAUAAUGGUUGGUGUGGGUGAUGGACCAUGGGAUGCGAUGCAACAGUUUGAUGAUUGCAUUCCUCAGCGGGCGUUUGAUAAUUUUCAGUUUGUGAACUUCACGAAUAUCAUGUCCUCAAACAUGGAAAUAUCAAAGAAAGAAGCAGCAUUUGCACUUGCGGCACUGAUGGAAAUUCCCUUGCAAUAUAAAGCCACACAACGCCUCCAACCCACAGAAAAGCAAAGGGAUAAGAUAGAUGCCCCUAAGAUUCUUCCUCCUCCAAGUGCUGUAAUUGAACAUGAUAAUGCAAGAAAUUCUUAUCAUUGGCCAGAAACCUCCCAGUCUACUGGUUACAAUGCUCCAGUAGAGCAGGCCUGCCCUAUUUGCUUGACAAAUCCAAAGGAUAUGGCAUUCGGAUGUGGUCAUUUGACUUGCAAGGAUUGUGGUGCAACAUUAUCGACAUGCCCCUUAUGCCGGGCACCCAUAAGUACGCGCCUGAGACUCUUCGCUUGAGAUGAUCUGUACCAAAUGAUAAGGGUCAUUUGUCUACCGUGUUGCUGCUAACGGGAUUGGGCAGUUGUUUGGCAAUGCAUUACUAAUUAGGAUGCUGCUUAAUCAAUGUGCAUGAUACCAUCGAGCUUGCUUUCUGUUAAAAAGGCAAAGGAAAGAGGCCUCAAAUCUCAAUGCCUAAAUCAAAGAAGGCAUGCUUGAUAUUGUAAAUUAUUGGAAGUGCAGAAAUUGGUUAUAGAUUAAUUAAUUUUCAACAGCACCACUGUGGGGCUGUUUCCAGCUGUUCUGAAUAAGUCAGCAGGUAAAAACUUAUUUCGAUAUAAAUAUUCCAAGACACCUUGUAUGUAUUAUUUGUUGCAUAAACCGUUUUGGUUUACAAACCUUCCUCUUCCCCAA